GGCAGGCAAAAUGGAUCGCCGUGAAAUCUCCUCGGAGGCUGACAAAACCCACCAAAAUCGUCUCUCCAGCGUCACCGAGGAGGAAGAAGAACAAGAUGCAGCUUACACGAUUGUGACGGUCCUGGACAAAGUGGCCAACAUUGUGGACAGCGUGCAGGCGAGCCAGAAAAGGAUAGAGGAGAGGCACAGGGAGAUGGAAAAUGCCAUCAAGACCAUACAGAUUGACAUUUUAAAGCUUGCCCAGGCUCACGGCAAUACAGGCUACACGGUGAACAAGUUACUGGAGAAAACCCGCAAAGUCAGCUCCACCGUGAAGGAGGUGCGGGCACGCGUGGAGAGGCAGAGCGCCAGCGUGCGGAAGGUGGAAGCCAAACAAGAGGACAUGCUGAGGAAAAACAAAUUCCGGGUCGUAAUCUAUCAGGUAACCGCGAGCCUAAUUUCUUGUAGCGCUGUCAUUGUGCCACCUUCUUGGUAG